CACACUCUCACACACACACACACACACAGACAAAGACAAAGUGCCUUCCCUUCCAUUCUUGUAUCAGUCCUCACUCUUCCGCUUGAGACUUGAAGGCAAAAACCGACCCCAUUAAUUGUCACUCACAUACACAGGGACCUCUCUGAGAGGCAUUAAAAAUAAAUGCCUUGACACUGUCUUGUACGGCUUUUCUCCAACUACCUCUCCAUUUAUAGCCUCAAUUUUCUUUUAUUGACGCAAACAUUCAUCGGUGAACAAGAAAACCCAUUAUUGCUACGACUUUUCUUAUUGCAUUCAUCUUCCCAAUGUUUCUCUUUUAAGUUUUUCCUGUUAACUAUCUGGAACUUAUUACUUAUAUAAAAGAGAAAUGCUUUCAUGAACUUUGCUUUGUUCUCCAUGCUUCCUUGUUUUGCUGCUACAUGGGUUUUUGACCAACUAGUUUGAGCAUUACUAUUUUCCGUGAAAGCAAAAAACUUGCCCUUUUGAUUUUUCCUCAGGAAGAUUUUUUCUUUCUCUGUUUUUCUGUCAGUGUCUUGGAUUUCAGCUCCUUCUGCUUCAUGGGUUUUCUCGAAUUUGGUUAACCAAGAGUCGUUGGAGAGCAUCUGAGGCUAAAUUUGGGGUUUUAGUUUCUUGAAUUUCCUUCCAAGUCACUGUAAAGUACGUUCUUUUUCAGGUGAAUUCUCUAAUGGAGCUCUCUUUUUCAUGACUGCUUAACAAUCUUUGGUGGGUCUGAUUCUGUUUGCCUUAAAAACUAUGAUUUCACUGUCUACAGCUUCGAACACUCGUGGAAUGGGAAAUUUGAAUUUGCUGCUUCUAGUGGUUCUUUUAUGGGUUUUCUUCAUUCCAAGCUCUUAUGAGUUACAUCCCUCCCAGACCCAAGUUUUAUUGCAGAUAAGGAAGCUUUUGGAGUACCCUUCCUCAUUGCAAACUUGGGAAAAUUCCUAUGGAGACCUCUGCAACUUGCCUAAAUCAGCACAUGUGAGUAUCACAUGCCAGGACAGUGUUAUCACUGAGCUCAAAAUUAUGGGGGAUAAGCUUGUCAAGGUCAGUGAGUUCCAUGGAUUUGCAAUUCCCAAUAUGACACUAUCUGAAAGCUUCUCUAUUGAUUCCUUUGUUACUACAUUGACGAGGUUAACCAGUUUAAAAGUUCUUAGCUUAGUGUGUUUGGGGAUUUGGGGACCACUUCCUGAUAAGAUUCAUAGGCUAUAUUCGCUUGAACUUUUGGAUUUGAGCUCAAAUUUUAUGUAUGGUUCAAUUCCACCUAAGAUAUCUAGACUAGUUAAGCUUCAUACUUUGACACUGGAUUCCAAUCAUUUCAAUGACACUGUCCCUGAUUGGUUGGGCUCAUUUUCAAACCUCACCAUUUUGAGUUUGAAGAGUAAUGGAUUCAAGGGUCAGAUUCCUUUUUCUAUAAGCAAAAUCAAGACACUCACUGAUCUUGUCCUGUCCCACAAUGAGCUUUCUGGCAAAUUACCUGAUUUGAGUACUUUAACCAAUCUACAUUUAUUGGAUAUAAGAGAAAAUCAUUUGGAUUCUGAACUACCAGUCAUGCCCAAAGAGUUGGUUACAGUGCUACUGAGCAAUAACUCGCUCUCAGGAGAGAUUCCUGAGCAAUUUGGUGAGUUGCAUAAACUUCAACACCUUGAUCUAUCUUUCAACCAUCUGAGUGGAACUCCUCCCUCUGCCUUGUUCUCUUUACCAAACAUCAGUUAUUUGAAUUUAGGGUCUAAUAUGCUCAGUGGGUCACUUCCAGAUGAGUUAAGUUGUGGUGACAAACUUGGGUAUGUUGAUUUGUCUAGUAACAAGUUGAUAGGCCAACUUCCUUCUUGCUUGAACAGUACUUCAGAUAAGAGAUAUGUUAAAAUUGACGGAAAUUGUUUGUCCUGUGAUUCCAAAGAUCAGCAUGAAGGAUCGCAUUGUCUUAUAAACAGUAAACAAUCCAGAGGAAGAGAUAUAGCAGUAGUAGUUGCUGUCAUUAGUGGAGCUGUUCUUGUUAUGGUGCUUUUGGGGUUGGGAGUUCUACUCUUGUGUAAAAGAUGCCGUUCAAGGACACAGGAGCAGCAUGUAUUGUCAAAGAACGUGCAAGAUAAUACACCAACUGGGAUUUCCUCUGAGCUCCUUGCAAAUGCCAGGUUCAUUUCUCAAGCAGCAAAGCUAGGGACACAAGCACCCAUCUGUCGAUUGUUUUCUUUUGAGGAGUUGAAGGAAGCCACAAACAACUUUGAUUCAUCAAGGUUUCUUGGUGAAGGCUCUAUGGGGAAGAUUUAUAAAGGUCAAUUGGAGAAUGGGACCUAUGUAGCCAUACGCUCUCUGUCUUUGGUGAAGAAAUGUUCGAUUCCAAACCUUAAAGCUAAGCUUGAUCUGCUUUCAAAGCUUCACCAUCCCCAUUUGGUAGGCUUCUUGGGUCAUGGCAUUGAUGGUAGUGGACAAGAUGAUUCCAGUAGCAGCAAAGUUUUUCUUGUAUAUGAAUAUGUACCUAAUGGGAAUUAUCGCACUCAUCUGUCAGAAAGUUGUCCAGAAAAGGUUUUUAAAUGGUCAGAUAGACUGGCAAUUUUAAUUGGAGUAGCCAAGGCUGUGCAUUUUCUACAUACUGGUGUAAUUCCUGGUUGCUUGAAUAACCGAUUAAAAACAAACAACAUAUUGCUUGAUGAGCAUGGGAUUGCAAAGCUAAGUGACUAUGGGAUGUCAAUCAUCACAGAGGAAAUCGAAAAGUUUGAGGCGAAAGGAGAAGACCUGAAAUCAUGCCAUCGAACAAACGCAGAGGAUGAUGUUUACAACUUUGGAUUCAUAUUGCUCGAAUCACUUGUUGGGCCUAUAGUGACUGGAAAAGGAGAAGUAUUUCUCCUAAAUGAAAUGGUAUGCCAAAGCUUUAGUGGAGGCAUCCUUUGGCAGUCAAGAUGGUCGAAGACGAAUUGUGGAUCCAAUAGUGUUGACCACUUGCUCGCAAGAGUCGUUAUCAAUAGUGGUAUCCAUCACAAACAAAUGUAUAGCUACUGAAUUGUUAUCUCGUCCCUCUUUUGAAGAUGUCCUUUGGAACUUACAAUAUGCAGCUCAAAUCCAAGCCACUGCUGAUUCUGAUCAGAGAUCAGAUUCUACAACAUAGUUGUAAGUUUAUGGAUAGCGCAACACCUGAGAUUCAUUCUAAAGAAGCCUCCUGAAAUUUGUAGCCACACAAGGUAUGCCUGCAUUUGGGCUGCCUUCCCUCACAGCAAUGUGAAAUGUAAAAAGUUGUAAAUUUUCAUUUUUGUUUGCUUUUCCUUUUAUACUGCUGAAUUUUGGUAGAAUAAAAGUUGUUUAGUUAUAUUUUCUGUUUAAGACAUAAUAGUGGUAGGCCUUUGUGCACAGUGCCUUUUUUGAAUGGUA